AUGGAGAUCAAGGAUAUGAAGGAACUCAAAUGGCCUGUCAGAAUGAGGUCACCACCCGAAUCCAAGGACAUGAACAAGUACUGUGAGUUCCAUCGGGAUCAUGGGCAUACCACGGAGAACUGUAAGGCCUUGCAACGGGAGAUUGAAGCCCUUAUUAAAAGAGGACUCCUGAGUUCCUACGUCGGUAAUGACAAAUGCUCGAGGAAUGAUCUUGGCAGGGAAAAAGCCCCUGAGGCAAAAAGGGAUGGUCAACCCACUGCUGGAACCAUCAAUAUCAUCAUUGGAGGUAUUGCCUCGGGAGGAGACUCCAACAGUGGAAGAAAACAAUAUGCCCGACAAUAUGCCUUGGCCUCUGGGAUGCCUCAUGGAAAGCUUGAGGAUAUUAUUUUUGGGACCGGGGGCUUAGAAGGUGUAUCACUUCCACAUGAUGACGCCUUGGUAAUCUCAGGGAUUGUGGCCAAUUUUGAAGUAAAGAGAAUCUUGGUUGACAAUGGGAGUGCGGCCAAUAUACUUUCACAAGAAGCUUUGGCCAAAAUGGAAAUCUCAUCUUAG